UUACUUUAGGGUGCACUCACAGAAGAACAAAAAGCAAAAUUGAGACAGUACAAGGAAACCUGUAUCGCUGAAACUGGAGUAGAUGCAACCAUGGUAGAAAAUGCAAAAAAGGGUGAAAUAGCCGAAGGUGACGAAAAGCUUGCUUGUUUCGCUACUUGUUUGUUGAAAAAAAUCGGAAUUUUGACUGCGAAUGGAGACAUUGACUGGGAAGUAGCUCGCGCUAAAAUACCACCAGGUGUACCGCAAGAACAAGCUGAUCAAUUGUAUAAUGCGUGCAAAGAUAUCUCUGGAACUGGUUGCGAAAAGGGAGGCAAUGUUUUUAAAUGUUUCUACAAGAACAAGCAGUUUCACGUUUUAUCAUAAACGAAUAAGACCAAAGUCCAUAUAGAAACUUGAUUAAAUAUAUCUCUCUACUUAAAAUCUAUCAUCUAUUGUAGAAUUAAAAUUAAAAUAUUGUCUUGCACAUUUAUAUGUCAAAUGUAAAGUUAUAUUAAUAAAAAAAUAGACACGUCGCUCUAGCACAAAA